GACACAACAGCGCCUCACCAGCCAGCCACCACCGCGCUCCAUUUCCUUUCUCUCUCUCUCUCGGCUCCUCCGCUCUCUUGCCCGAGUCGCUAGCUUCCCUGCCCCGCCUCCUCCCGUCCCCGUGGACAGACAGCUCCCCCCACCUCCGCUUCCAUAGCAUCCGAGCUAAGGUCAACUCCUCCGUCGGCGGAGCGAGAGCGGGGAAGAGACGGGAGGGUCCCGGAUCCGAGCCGAGCUGCGCUCCCCGCGCGACCGACACCCAGGUCUCGUCGUCCCAUGCAGAUCUGCUCCUCCUCCUGAGAUCUAAACCGAAGCUUGAGCUCCGGUUGUUGGUGGUUGGUCGGCGGCGGCAGGGGAGGCUGCGAAGAUGUCGUCGAGCACGAUCCGCAAGGCCCUGGGCGCGGUGAAGGACCAGACCAGCAUCGGCCUCGCCAAGGUCACCAGCAACAUCGCGCCCGAGCUGGACGUGCUCAUCGUCAAGGCCACGAGCCACGACGACGAGCCGGCCGAGGAGCGCCACAUCCGCGAGAUCCUCCACCUCACAUCCGGAUCCCGCGCCCACGUCGCUGCUGCCGUGGCAGGCUGCUCCCGCAGGCUCUCCCGCACCCGCGACUACGUGGUCGCGCUCAAGUCGCUCAUGCUCGUGCACCGCCUCCUGGCCGAUGGCGACCCGUCCUUCCACCGCGAGCUCCUCCACGCCACACGCCGGGGCACCCGCCUGCUCAACCUCUCCGAUUUUCGGGACGAGGCGCACUCUGGAUCCUGGGAUCACUCUGCCUUUGUGCGCACCUACGCGCUCUACCUUGACCAGCGCCUCGAGUUCUUCCUCCAUGAGCGCAAGCAGGGGUCAAAUGCUGGCAGCAGCAGCAGCACCAAUGGUCCAUCACCGCGGGACCGUGACCGCUGGGGUUCACCUGAUCCCUAUGGCCGCCGCUCUCCCUCCUACUCGUCACCCCCUGGGUAUGGCGGAUAUGAUGAUUACCGCGAGAGAAAUGGUGGAAACAAUGAUGACAAGAGACCGCCCACCCCAGUGAGAGAUAUGAAGCCAGAGCAGGUCCUUGCUCGUAUGCACCACCUACAGCAGCUGCUUGACAGGUUCCUUGCUUGCCGUCCCACCGGUGGGGCGAAGCACAGCAGGAUGGUGCUGGUUGCGCUGUAUCAGAUUGUGAGGGAGAGCUUCCAGCUCUACGCCGAUAUCUGCGAGGUGCUGGCGGUGCUGCUGGACAGGUUCUUUGACAUGGAGUAUGCUGAAUGCGUGAAGGCUUUUGAGGCUUAUGCUAGUGCUGCAAAGCAGAUCGAUGAGCUCUGUGCAUUCUAUGCAUGGUGUAAAGAUACCGGAGUUGCAAGGUCAUCUGAGUACCCAGAGGUGCAGCGGGUCACCGAUAAGUUGCUGGAGACGCUGGAAGAAUUUAUGAGGGACCGGGCAAAGAGGCCCAAGAGCCCAUCACCGGAGCCUGAACCUGAGCCUGUCAAGGAAGAACCUGAGCCAGAUAUGAACAGCAUCAAGGCGCUUCCAGCACCAGAAGAUUAUAAGGAGCCUGAACCUGAGAAGGUGGAGGAAGAGGUGAAGCCAGAGCCACCCCUGCAGCCACAGGGUGACUUGGUGGAUCUCAGAGAAGAUACUGUUAGUGCAGAUGAGCAAGGUAACAGGCUUGCUCUAGCUCUCUUCCAGGGGCCACCAGCUGCUGGUGGAAGCAACGGUUCAUGGGAGGCUUUCCCUUCAAAUGGUGGCAACGAGGUGACUUCGGCCUGGCAGAACCCUGCAGCUGAACCUGGGAAGGCUGAUUGGGAGCUUGCCCUUGUAGAGACAGCAAGCAACUUGUCCAAUCAGAAGCCAGCAAUGUCAGGUGGCAUGGACCCGCUGCUGCUGAAUGGUAUGUAUGACCAGGGUGUUGUGCGCCAGCAUGUCGGUGCACAGGUGACCACCGGGAGUGCCAGCAGUGUCGCGCUGCCUGCUCCUGGACAGAAGACUCAGAUGCUUGCUCUGCCCGCACCGGAUGGUUCGAUGCAGACUGUUGGUGGUGAUCCCUUCGCGGCGUCCCUUGCCGUGCCACCGCCGUCCUAUGUGCAGAUGGCAGAUUUGGAGAAGAAGCAACAGCUCUUGACGCAGGAGCAAAUUAUGUGGCAGCAGUACCAGAGAGACGGCAUGCAAGGGCAAUCGAGCCUGAACAGGCUCGACCGCGCCCCCAACCCGGCCAUGCCCUACGGGAUGCCCAUGGCAUACAACACGAACCCCAUGCCAAUGGCUUACACCGGGAACACUGGGUAUUACUACCCUACUUACUGAGGAGGCCUGUUCUUUAAUCAUCCUUACAGUUGCUGUGAAUUUUUGUUCUGUGUUGUGAUCUUCCCCGCCCUGCGGUUGUGUCCAGCAUCAGCUGUUGUUCCCCUGUCCCUGGAUCAAACCUUUUGGUCUGAUAUAUGUAAUGUAAUUUUCUUUGUUUGGAACCAAAUGCAGCAUCCGAGGGUGGUGGCUAUAGUUGAUUACAU